AUGUUGUUGGUUAUUUUUUUAAAUGAAUUUAAAUUAAAUGGUGUUUUUAUAGAAUGUCCGGAUAAAAAUGGAAUUAAAAAUAAGUACACUGAGAAAAAUUUAAAUGUUACUAUUGAAAAAUCAAUAGAGGCAAUUGAGAAAGAACAUCUUAAGAUUGAAUAUUCUGUUGGGUAUAGUUUAGGAACUUACCCGGCAAUUAAAACGGGUAUAAAAGAGGAGGUGAAGAAAAUUUUUUUAAUUGCACCAUUUACUACUUUAGAAGAGAUUAUUUUAGAAAAAAUCAAAAAGUUUUUUUAUUUUGAGAGGAAAGCAGUUAAAAGAGUUUGUAAGAAACAUUUUAAUUUUAAUAAUCUCUCAUCACUUAGAUAUUAUAAAAAUGAUCUUUAUUUAUAUCAUGGAUUUAAUGAUAAUAUUAUUCCUUUUUCUAAUUCAGAAACAAUUAAAGAAACUCUUAAGAAUAAAGGAAAUACACGUGUUAAUUUAAUUAAACAAGAAACUAAUCAUAAUGACAUAUUGGGUAAAAAACUAUUUGAAAAAAUUUUAAAAUUAUGUAAUGAAAAUGAAUAA